AUGGUUCAUCUAUGGGAGCGCUCUGCGCCGGUAGAGAUUUCAAAGGAAUUUCGCAACUUCCGUUUGAAUCAGAUACAUCUUGCGCUGCUUUUGACGGUGGACCUUUCCCGCCUCGUUCUCUUUGUCGAUGCCAGCUCCGGAGACGACCUCUUGGCCACUCUUUAUCAGACUGAGUACCUCCUAGCCAUAUGCAGGAACCCUCAGAACGCUCAGCGGAAGGAAACACGAUCCUCCCACGCUAGAACGUCCAUCGCGAGGACACGGCCUCAGGAGGGAACCAGCAGCAGCGGCGCAAGCAGCAGCGACGGUGACGCCGCCUACCAGCCAGGAGGCCGCGCCGAUGGCACGCGAAACCGCUCCGCGGCAAUCCGGCAAAAGGUCCGGGACAGGGACUAUUCUCGAUGUCUCUUCACCUCUGAUACUGUCCAUGAGGCUGGCCACAUAUGGCCAUUUGCCGUAAACGGUUCACAAGGCAAUCGCGAUGGUACUCGGCGCGCUCUUGGAAAGUCAGCGAUAACGAUGAGCCUUGAAAUUCGGAGCCGCCUGCUGGAGCUCUUUACUCCCGAGAAUGGCGAGCUCGCGAGUUCGGACAAAUCAUGGAAUAUGAUCUGUCUGUCUCCGACUCUGCACACUUCUUGGGCGAAGGCUCACUUUGGUCUCCGCUGGAUCGGCACUACGGAUCACUCACCGGACGCGGCUGAAACAGAUUCCGAGCGCGACUUCGUUGAGGCUUCUGUGGAAUGGAACUGGCUCCCCGGUUCCAUCUCCGAGUCUGUCCAGGCUCACUACGUGUCUCCUGCUGAUGCCAAGACAGCCGAGUUCAGACGACGGGUCGACAUCAGCACGGACCAUGCCAUCAACGACAUCGCCCAAUCGCUGAGGCAAUCACUGGCGCAGAAGCCAUCGCAUUCUUGCCGAGGGUCCAUGACCCGCGAUUACCAAGGUCGGCUAUGGGAAGAUAGUCGCCAACAGAUAUUCCGCAUCGAUAGGGAAGACGAGAAAAACAUGAAGGAUGUUGUGGACGCGCAGUGGGCGAUGGUAAAGAUUGCAGCCCUGUCGGGCGCGGGCGAGACGCCUAAUGAGCUGCAUCGCCAUCUCCCCGAUAUACCUCCAUCGGCGAAGAUAUUUGGACGGGGACUCAUCGACCCAGAUGACGAUCCCGAAGGCGAGAAAGUCGGUGACUCGAAGACGCCAGAAGCUCCAGGAGGGGGGCAGGGCAGGAGCGGCUCUUCAGGUGACGAUCCGGCCACCGUCAGCACCGGUAGUCGCCAGGUACGAAAGAUUUCUGCAAUUGCUAGCAUCUCAGCCAUGGUGAAGGGAGAGGGGAGAGCUCCCAUUCCCAUACGCGAGUCCCGUUCAUCAACCAACACUUCCGCCGAUGUCGGCCCUGCUGCCGCCAGUCGAGCCGAUCCGGACUCUGGCCCUAGCGCGGAGACGAUGACGUCCGAGUGCCUGAGCCCGACCCUCCUCCCCCGAUGCCAGGCCGAGGAACGAGACCAUGCGACGCCAUCACUUCCGUGA